AUGGCCACAAAACGCCACGCUGAGUUGGCCAGUUUCAGAUACAUUCCCGCAUGGCGUCGACCAAUCAGCCUAUCAGAAGACUUCAACAAUGUCCUCCUAGUUGCAUUUGCGCCACAACUUCUCGAUUUCCAUGAUUACACUUUUGGACCUAGGAAAUCGAUUGCUAGGGGAACAUCUAUCGCCUUCUACACAAUGGCUGAGAUUGAUGUGUAUUUCGGAAUCGUGAUUUACAACUGUUUGAUGGGUAGGACCUCCACCGGUCCGUCUUACCUCUCUGACAACCCCAGAAAGUGUGAGCGAGAUGAUUUUCUCCUUCCCACACUGAAACAAAAUUCCUACUGUCCCUCUUACCCGAUGAAUUAUCCAAUUAGUGGUUCUCUAUUGUCGGAGCGUUUGUCUGCUCAACCGAUUUUGAUGCUUGAUGCGGAUGUCACUGGUAUGGCAAUCACUCGUGUUGCGGAAGAGUUCACAGUUCUUGUCAUAACUACAGAUGAAGGAGAAUUCGCCAAGGUUAGUAUAUUUGACUUGACUCUCCUAUGUUUGCAUGAGUAUUCAAAUCCUACUUGUCAUUACUCGGAGAGUAGCAUGAUUUCCUAA